AUGUCUAUAUUUUAUGAGAUAUUUUUUAUAUCUUUCAAUAAAAAUUAUAAUGAUAUUAUUCUGACUGAUCGUGGACCACCAAAUUCUUUGGCAAGAAAGUUAUAUCAUGAAUGGGAUCGUAAAAGUAAAGAAAUAGAAAAUGAGGAGCGAAUUUUGAAAGAGAGAGAACAAGAACUUGAAAAUAGGAAGCAACGCUUAAAAUCCAUCAGUUCAAAAUCCAGCUCUGAUUCUGAUUUAUCUAAAAACACAAAGAACACUUCUGCUACUAACACUAUUUUAGACAAUGACAGCAAUGAUGAAAUUCCAUUAAAAGAUGUUGAACAACAUUCUUUAUAUAAUGAAAGUAGCCUUUAUCCUGACACAGCUGUACAAUCAAUUCUCUCGCAAGGUUUAUCAAGUAUUAGUAGUCAUCACCUGCAAUCAUCUGUUGAUAGUGCAUCAAAUUCUUCUACCAUAAACGACGAAAUCAUUCGGCAACAGCAACAAAAUCAACAACAUUUAUUACAAAGACAAAUUCUUGAUCUUCCAGACAAUUCUCGUUUUUUAUCACCCAAUCCAUCAGAAGAUGCGUGGUCUGAAAUUGGAUCUAUUAUUUCAGAGGAUGUUGGAAGUGAAAUGUCAUCUGCAGUUGACAUUGAUAUGGAAGAAACACAAAUCCUAAUCUGGGCUCAACCAGUUUUGAUUCCUUUCUUUAUGAUACAUUCAGUGAGAUUAACUUACAUCUUAAUAGAAGAACAACGCAAGAAGCAGGAAAGAGAGGCAGCACAGGCAGCGCUUAUAGCCAAAUCUUUGUCAAUAAUUGAAGAAGAUGAGACAGAUGAUGAAGAGUCGGAAGCAGGAGAUACUGACAUGGAGGAAUUAUUAGCAAAACAAUUUGACCUUUAUGUGCGCGAUGCAACAAAAUAUGGAGGUUUUUUUAAACAAACACAAAGUUAUUUGAUGUAUCCAUUUGUUGAAAAAAGGAAAAGAUAUGAUGACUAUGGUGAGAUUAUUCCAUCUGAUAUGUUUAAAAGAGUUGGUGGAUCAAUUGGUACCGAGGGAAUUGGUAUUGAGCCAAUUGGUGAUAGAGAUGAUAUGGGUGGUGGGGAUAAAGAGGAGUUUGAUAAGGACAAUAAUAAUUCUUCUUUGGAUUCCAAUGUUCCAACCAAAUAUGUAUUGUAUGAUGAGGAUGUUACUUUCAAAUGUCAAAUACGAUUUAUAGAUUUGGAGGGAACUAAUGAUGGAAGGUCAUUGAAAACCAUAGUACCACAAGUACAACCUAGAAAAUUGAUUGUUGUACAUGCAUCACAAGAAGCCACGAAAGAUUUUGCUCAAAGCUGUUUAGCUCUGGAAUCAAUGACCAAAGACAUUUAUACUCCAGAUGUUGGAGAAACUUUGAAUGUUUCGGCUGCAAUAAAUUUUUAUCAAGUCAAAUUGACUGAUUCAUUAAUCAGUUCAUUGAAUUUUUCAAAGCUUGAGGAUUAUGAUAUAGCAUUCAUAACAGGAAAAAUUUCAUUUCCACAAGACUAUUCCCUCCCUAUAUUAGAUGCUAUACCAAUAGAAGAAAACACUAGUAAUAAUAAUCCCAUAUUUGUAGGUGAGGUGAAAUUAUCAGAAUUAAAACGUUUAUUACAAUCUGAAGGUAUCACAGCAGAAUUUAAAGGUGAAGGUGUGUUAGUUUGUAAUGAAAAAGUUGCCAUUAAAAAGACUUCAAAGGGUCAAUUAAUUCUUGAAGGUUCAUUAUCAGAAGAUUAUUAUAAAAUUAGAACCAUAAUAUAUGCACAACAUGCUUUAUUAUAA